AUGGCAUCCACCACGGACAUCACACUCACAGAGCCGGAAACAAAAUUAUCAAAUUCCGACGAUUUACAGCCGUCGCAACCCGUUCUACUUACGGAAGGAAGUUUUGCGGUAGACGAUGUUCCCACAGAACAGAAGAAAACUAGUGAAACAAUACCAGUAGCGUCGGAGAAUGACUUAAAAGAUGAAACGUUGAGUCAGAAAAUUGACAGAUUGGAAGAGUUGAACGAGGAAGAACCGCAGGACGAACUGAAAUACGUUCCACCGCUACAGGACCCGUACUCUCGCAGUGUCAAGUACAUGGAGAAACACAAUGUCAUGCAGAUUUUUCAGCAUUUAACAGCAGAGAUCGUUUACCACAAACCCACCGACCCUCUGCAGCAUAUGCUGGAUGAACUGAAUAGAAUGGUUUCAGAGAGAGAACUUAAGCGAGAGGAAACACUCAAAAGUGCGGGUAUAGUGUGAUGACCUUUGACCCAUCAAUGACACUGAUCACGAAGAGACUGUCUACAUUUAUUGACUCUCCAUAUUGGAUACCGAUACCCAGCAUGCAGCAGUCAUCUCCGUUCAUUGACCUCAUUGGAUCAAAAGGAUACUGUUUGAGCUCUGAUCAUACAAAGCAAUAUCUACAAAGCAAUCAACGAUAUUGUAAGAGAUAUUGUUCUUCAGUAUCAUGUGAUUCCAGUCAUCUUCAUGGCAGAAUCUUGUUCUACGAUUUUGUGGCGACUUCUUAAGCACAGGGGUGAACAGUUUGGAUUGGGUCGAUGAGCUAUAUUGACAUGCAUGAGAGUGGAUAACAGUGGAGGAUUGAGGACACCUGUGGGCAUGUGGGCUUAGUUUGGAGUAAAAGACCCUUUCAUCACAUUGACAGACAGAGUCGGAAGUUGUGGAACUGGGUCUAAUUUCAUAAAGCCGUUAAGCAGAAAAUACUGCUUAGCAAAUUUCUACAAUCAGCCAAAAAUAGGUGGGGCACCAGUCACAACAAUGUAAAAGUUUAUGGACUUUUGGCUAGCAACCAGUUUCUGCACAGUAUAUUUUUGUCUUACUUUAAAGGAACACGUUGCCGUGGAUCGGUCGAGUUGGUCU